AUUCCCACAUUUGCUACUGCCAGUGAGCAGGCCGGGAAAUUGGGUUUAGGACGUAACAAAGUAAUUAUUUCCAUGUAUUCAAAUUACCAGGUGGUACAAAUGAAUAAGCUACCCUUAAUUUUAACCUUUGUUGGCGGCGAGCACUGCAACACGGGCCAUAUUUUAGCUUUGGAGCAUCAAUUAGAUGUUCACUUGGGAGACAUCAAAUUAGCUGUAAACGAAGCGUAACAUGAAAGACUUACAAUGUAGGCUACAGUUAAUCAUAUUGCCCAAUAUAAUUAAAUUAUGUGCAAGUUA